AUGAAGAAUAUUAUGGUCAUAUAUACUAACUACUGCUCCAGAUAUGACUUACCAAGCUCAGUUUAUUCAAUUGAUUGGAAUGGGAACCUACUAGCAUAUGGUCAUGAUAACGGGAUCUCAGUGCUAACACCAAUUCCUAAAAACACACAAAUAUCAAAAAAUUUACCAAGUACUUUACAACAAGAAUGGGUAUUUCAAAAAACAAAUAUAGAAUUAGAACAUCUUGUAACUCAUAUAAAAUUCACAAGUAAAUACAUUGCUACAGCUCUUGAGAAUAAUACAAUCAUUUUGAUUGAUCAUCUAAGUGAUAUUAAAAAAAAAUUAGGUGUUGAUGGUGAUAUCAAACAUACUGAAGAUAUUAAUUCAAUUGACAUUUCAGAAAAUGGUACUGUUGUUUCAGCUGGUGAUGAUAAAAAAAUCAUAGUUUGGGGCAAAGAUGACUCUCAUGUUUUCCAUUUAGAUAACAUUCCAACAUUUGUUAAAUUUUGGAUAGAUAAAGAUAGUGAUAAAAUAAUUGUAGUAGAAAAUGGAACAACAGUUAAAAUUUUAGAUUAUAAAAAAAGUAAAUGGUUAUUUACGAUUUAUCCAUUUUCAUAUUCUUCAAAUUCUCAACCUGUUAUUAAAGAUGUAUUAAUAAAUAAUGAUAAAAUCAUAAUUGUUGGAAAUGGAUGGUGGAAAGAAUAUGAUCCUGAAUCAUUAAUAAAUGGUGCUGGUUAUACUAAACCAAAUAAUGAAAAUCAAGUGGUUGGUUGGGAUACUAAUUCCAGAUAUAUUUCUUCAAAAUCAACACCUUUAAUUGGUGCCAUUGGUAAUGAUAGAUCUUCAUUUUAUGAUUUAUCUGCAAAAUCAAAACAAUCACAUCAAUUUAAAUUACAAAUACCUUCUUUUGAUAUACCUGCUGGUUCAAUAAAUUCUGAUGGUAUUGUUGCAUUUGCCUCUGGUUCUAAAUUGAUUUUGGCUAACCCAUUUGAUAGUUAUGAAGUUAUACAAAAAGAUAUAGAAAUUCCAAAUUAUGAUGAAAAUGGUGAUUUAAUUUUACCACCACCACAAAAUCCAGAUGCUCUAAAACAAAAAAGUGAACUAUUAACUGAUAAACAAGUUGGUGAGAAACAAGCUGUUAUACCGAAUGAUGUUAAGGAACAACUUGCUAGUAAUGUAAAUAAAUAA